AUGUCUGGCAGGCUAGAUCAAUCUCUCGAUUCCAUCAUUGAUAGCCAGAAGAAGGCGAAGCGCGAGGCUCGCCGUCGCAAGGUCGGAAAGUCAACUGGUCCAACCGCUCCAGUCGGCGGUGUCAAGAAGGCCACAAGACCGGUCAAAUCUGCCAUCAAACCGUCAACCGGCGCUGCAUCUCAAUCCCGCUCAAGCAAGAUCGUUGUCAGUGGAUUGCCAUUCGACGUCAACGAAGCCCAGAUCAAGGAAUACUUCGGCAAGUCCGUAGGCAACGUCAAGAAAGUGUCCUUGCAGUACAAUCAAAAUGGUCAGAGCCGUGGUAUUGCCGACAUUGUCUUCUCGAAGCCCGACUCUGCCGCAAAAGCUGCUAAAGACCUAAACGGAAUGCUGGUUGACAAGCGACCCAUGAAGGCAAGCACGGCUACUAUUCGCACCAUUGAAGUUGUGAUGGAUGCUAGCCGUGUCCCAGAACCGGCUCCAGCCAAAUCACUUGCGGACCGUGUUGCCGCCAACCCCAAAGUUCAACCAAAAUCCGCGACGGCAACGAAGAAGGUGACCGGAAAAGAUGGCACCAAGGGAAGAUCGGCCGGCAAACCCGGAAAGCCAAAGCGCGGACGGAAUCCUCGAGCCAAACCCAAGACCGCUGAAGAGCUCGACGCCGAGAUGACUGACUACUGGGGAGGCAACAACCCAACCGCCGUGGGACCGACCGCCGAAGCCGCAGCCACCAACGGUGCUGCUCCCGCAGCUAACACCGGCGACGACAUGGGCAUGGAAGAGAUUUCAGUGAGCGAUGUCGAGUUCAUCUUCUGA